CGUCUCCUCUUCUGUCUGGAAUGAGUGGGGGAACACAGAGCUCCCCUACACCACAGGCCCACCUGUAGCCAGGCCCCUCUUCCCCUUCAGGUCACCCAGGAUGAAAGUGGUGGUGUUGACCUUGGCUGUGUUCUUCCUUACGGGGAGCCAGGCUCGGCAUUUCUGGCAGCAGGAUGACCCCCAGUCACAAUGGGACCGAGUGAAGGAUUUAGCCACUCUGUAUAUGGACGCAGUCAAAGACAGUAGCAGAGACUAUGUGGCCCAGCUUGAAGCCUCCGCUUUGGGAAAAAAUUUAAACCUGCAAUUCCUGGAGUAUUGGGACAGCAUGGGCUCCGCGGCCACCAAGCUGGGUGAAAAGGUAAGCCCAGCUGCCCAGGAGUUCUGGGGUGACCUGAAAAACAUCACAACAAUGCUGACACAGGGGAUGAACAAGGAACUAGAGGGCUUGAAGGAAAUGGUGAAGCCCCACCUGGAGGACUUCGAGAAGAAGUGGAAGCAGGAGAUGGAUCUCUACUAUGCGAAGGUGACACCACUGGCCCACGAAUUCCGAGAGAGCACACGCCAGAAGCUGCAAAACCUGCAGGCGAAGCUGACCGAGCUCAGCCAGAACCUGCGUGGGAAGCUGGAGCCCUUCCACGACCAGCUGCGCCAGCGCUUCACCACGAGGCUGGAGCUGCUCAAGGAGAGCAGCGCCGGCCUGUCUGAGUUCCACAACAAGGCCAGCAAGCAGCUGCAAGAGCUCCGUGAGAGGGCCACGCCUCCGCUGGAGGACCUCCAGGAGGCCGUGCUGCCCAUAUGGGAAUACGUGAAGACCAGCCUCAAGGCCUUCGCAGCCUCCUUGGACGAGCACAAGAACCCGACCACCCAGUGAGACGCCGUUGCUGCUGGGACUCCUUCUGGCCUCUCUUCUCAGAUUCCCUUUUCCAUAGCUUGGUUUCUUAAAAUAAACGUUUACAAGUGGGA